UUAUAAUCAGGUAAUUGCGGCUGAAGAUGUGGAGCAGCAGCUGCGGGUCGUUUCAGGAUGUAUUACAGAAGUAUAACCGAACAGAGAAGCGCUGAGGACAAAUAAUAACGAGUUCGUCCAAACAUCGGAGUUAUUACUCAUCAGUAGCUCACCUGAGACAUGAAUCCUCCAACCAGCAGAGACGAUGCGAGCCCGCCAGAGCACUACAUGCCCCAGUCUUCAUCAUCAUCAUCAUUAGCAGCAGCAGGAGGAGGAGGAGGUGGAGGUCUGUAUCUGGAUGCCUAUGAGGUCUCUUUUCCUCUGGAGGAGAGCAUUGAGAGACCACCUGUGUAUCACCUGAACCCGGGCCAGCAGAUGAUGGACGAGCCCGUGGUGCAGGAGCCUCCUCACUCUCAGUACAGCCCUUUCCUCCUGGUGUCUAACCUGCGAGCUCACCUGUACGUCGCUCUGGAGAAGAACGCCUGGCUGCAGAAGCGCAUCGAGGAGCUGGAGGAGGAGCGCAACUUCCUGCGCUGUCAGCUGGACCGUUUCAUCGUCAGCAUGAGGAGUCCAGAGGUGACAGAGUGGUGUGGAGACCCCCAGCGUGGUGUGAAGGUCCAGCCCGCCAGCUCUCCCUCGCCUCCCUCCCCCAUGACCACCAGGUCUGGCAUGACCCUCAAACGCCUUCAGGGACCAGGACCCCGGACCCGCCGCAGCACCACCAUCCCCGUCAAGCAGGAGUUUCACCUGGAGGAGGAUAAGUACUACACCGAGGACGAGUACGUGGAGGAGGAGGAGGAGGAGGAGGACGACGACGACUCGGCGGUGGAGAAGGGCUCAAAGAAGAAGGGCAGAGGGCGAUCCAACGGAGAGCCGAGGAUGAAGAUGAGGAGGAUCUUCAGGAUCACCCACGGGAGGGAGAGACAGAGAGUUAAAGACCCAGACGGGGUUUUGAUCCGUUAUAAGAAGAUCCUGUCCACCUACCAGCGGGUGAGGAGCAUGUCCCGAGCCUUCCAGAUCCACGGAGUUGACCGAAACACCAUGGCCUCCACCUCGCCAAUCGCCGAGCUGCUGCUGGUGGCACCAGAGAAGGUGGCGGAGGUCGGUGAGUUCGAGGCGUCGAAGGAGAAGCUUUUGGAUUACGCCCGCCGGUGCUACAAGACCAUGGACGACCAGACGCACGCCAAAGUCCAGACCAUGAAGAAGACCCACAAGCUGCUGCCGAUCUCCUACAGAUUCAGAAACUGAGCAGCAGGAGAGAAGAGGAAGGACUGAACUGAGUUUUCUCUUCGUUUUUUCUUCUUUUUUUUGCACUUUUUCAACUUUUAUUUUAAGCAUAAGUAAUGUCAGAAUGAAAAGAUUAGUUCUGCCAACAAGCUGCUGUAUUUAUUUAACUCUCUGUGAUAUUUUGUUUGAUUUCCUGUGCGGCUGUUACAGUCGGCGGGAUAUUGUUUCCUGUUGUUCAGUUGUAUUGACGACAGUGAUUUUCGUUGGCAGCUGAAGUUACUUUUUGCUUUACCUCAGGAAUUAACUGAUUGCACAUUAACUACAAGGUUCAGUGUAUAAUGCGAACUCUAAUGUCCUCGAGCACAAAAUGACCGGCCUUGAGUUUCAUCUUUGUUUUGCAUCAAAAGAGAGAGAAUAUUUAUUUUCAUUAUUAAUAUGUGACAGCAUUUUGUAGUUUAUUUUGUUAAAUAUGUACAUUUAAUGUGUACGACUGAAGAAGAUUUAUUUUGUCUUGUAUCUCCCUUGAGUGUCCUGAUGGUAUUUUUUUUUCUGUGUUAUUAGAAGGCUUGAAAUGUUGUUUCAUGAGUGAG